CAUCUUCCUUCCAGAUGGACGAGUGACUAGUUUAGUAAACAACUGGGCGAAAAGAUUAUUUCAAGACAUUUUAACUUGGUGGAAAUACUUUCUACAGCUGAAUCCAUGUUUACGGCUCGUUCACGUACUUCUGUUUGAGGAUGGAGUCAUCAUGCCUGGACCUGGCUCUGGAAGGUGAACGUCUCUGUAAGACUGGUGACUAUCGUGCCGGCGUGUCCUUCUUUGAGUCUGCCAUCCAGGUUGGAACAGAGGACCUUCAGAUCCUUAGCGCCAUCUACAGCCAGCUGGGCAAUGCCUACUUUCACCUACAAGAGUACAACAAAGCUCUGGAGUACCACAGGCAUGAUCUCACACUUACUAGAACAAUUGGAGAUGAACUUGGUGAGGCAAAAGCCAGUGGCAACCUUGGGAACACAUUAAAGCUUUUAGGACGGUAUGAUGAAGCAGUGGUCUGUUGCCAAAGACAUUUGGAAAUUACCAGAGCCAUGUAUGACAAGGUUGGGCAGGCUCGAGCGCUGUAUAAUUUCGGGAACGUUUACCACGCCAAGGGCAAGAGCAUCUGCUGGACUGGAGCCGAGCCAGGAGACUUCCCAGAGGAGGCCAGGAUAGCCCUGAGGAAAGCUGCACAAUACUAUGAAGCAAACCUGUGCCUGGUGAAGGAGUUGGGCGACAGGGCAGCCCAAGGCCGUACCCAUGGUAACCUUGGCAACACUUACUAUCUGCUGGGCGACUUUGAAACUGCAGCAGCUGCACAUGAAAAGCGGCUGCUCAUCGCUAAAGAGUUUGGGGAUAAGUCUGCUGAGCGGAGGGCCCACUGUAACCUUGGCAAUGCUCACAUAUUCCUCAGCCAGUUUGAAGUGGCGGCUGGUCAUUACAAGAGGACUCUGCAGCUGGCCAGGCUUUUGAAGGACAAAGCAGUGGAGGCCCAGGCCUGUUACAGUCUGGGCAACACCUACACACUACUGCAGGAGUAUGAGAGAGCCAUUGAUUACCAUCUCAAACAUCUGGUCAUUGCUCAGGACCUCAAUGACAGAGUCGGUGAAGGACGAGCGUACUGGAGUCUAGGAAAUGCCCAUACUGCCCUGGGGAAUCAUCAGCAAGCAAUGUACUUUGCUGAAAAACAUCUGGAAAUUGCCAAAGAGACUGGAGACAAAAGCGGUGAGGUGACGGCCAGGAUGAACCUUUCAGACCUACGGCUGGUCGUAGGCCUGAAGUCCAACUCCCACAUCCACCACAGCAUCUUCCGCAACACCAACACUAACAGCUCUGCGCUGUCAGCAAGCUAUCAGGGUUACCCCAGCCUUCAAGGGGUCAAGUCUCCAUCAAGGAUGAGAGGCAGUGCAGACAACCUGGGAGUGAGUCCAUGUCCAAGUCCUGACAAAAAUCAAACUAGGGAUUCAUCUACACAUCCGGACUGGGAGGAGGAAGUGUUCCCCGGGUCUUCAAAAAACAACACAAUCAAGGCUUCUACUAAGCUCUUCCUCUUCCACCGGCUGAAAAGCAAGAAGCACAAGAACAACAAAUCCUCUCCAAAAGACCAGCAUGAAAACCGAACUGAAGACUCAGCUCCUGAGCUGGAUGCACCGGUGUCUCCUCAGCCGGGAUCACGGGACACUAUUGGAGAGGAUGGCUUUUUCGACCUCCUCUCUCGUUUCCAGGGCAGCAGAAUGGACGACCAAAGGUGCUCCCUCCUGGAUGGCCAGAGCCAUCUCACUGCUCAUUCCUCCCCCUCCUCCACCCCACCUGUAGCUGAAAGGAAAUCUAUUUUGGAGUGCGAAACACCGUUGCAGGAUCCUGGUCAUUUCCUGGAGCUGCUGGCCAGCUCCCAGGCCCGUCGUCUGGACGACCAACGAGUCAGCCUGAGCCAUUUUCCUGGCUUACGUCUCAGCACCUCCAACCCGCCUCAUACACCCUCCACCUCCAGCACAGAUCAAGUCCCCCCGCAAGCCCCAAUGUCCAGUGCAGAUACCCCUCACACACCCUCCCUUUACAGUCAUCUCGAGGCAAGCGCUGAGCAGCCUGAGGGGGAUGACGUCUUCUUUGACAUGCUCGUUAAGUGCCAGGGUUCCCGCCUGAACGACCAGAGGUGUGCCGCGCCAUCCUCUAAAAAUAAAGGGCAAACUGUUCCAGACGAGGACUUUUUCAGUCUCAUCCUGCGUUCCCAAUCCAACAGGAUGGAGGAGCAGCGAGUUCUGCCUCCUCCUGGUGUUACCCAGUCCAAACCGGACUGACUCCAUGAGUGAUUUCUCAUUUAGGAGAUACAAGAUGAAGUAAGGAUGCCUCUACUAUUUUAAGUCUUUUUUUUUUUUUUUUUUGGAACCUCCAACACUCUUGAUUCCUGCCUUUUUGGAUCUUCCUAAAAAGUUUCUGCAAGAAUGCCAAGAAUCCAAGGGACACAAAAGGAAUCCUCUCUACAAGGAAUCAAAAUCACAAACAACACGAAACUGUGACUGUACAAUGGGAAAUUUUAGCUUUUAGAGACUUAUGGAUUUGUUUUUAGAUAGCUGACAGCAUCUCUGGGUCGCUACCUUUUUUUGUGUGGCCCGCUGCUGCUUGUUUUAAUCGGAGACCUCUGUACUAGACAUGUCCGCCUACUCUGGAGGCUUGCAUCAAGCCACUCACACGAACUGUUGGACUGUGGUGGUCCGUGUUUGGACUAAACAUACUGUAUCUAAGGACAUAAGCCAAACUGAAGGGAUUUCUGCUUCAUGAUGAUGGACAUAAGGGACAAUAUAUGGAUCGGUCUCAAGCAAUUAAGCAAAUUGGAACAUGGUACAACCUGUUCUGCCUAUUAGUGAUUUCAUUAAGUCUUUAAGAGUAGUACAUGUUGGUUUGAAUUAAUGUCUUUGACAAUAAUUGGAGGAUCAGAUGAUAAAUCUUCUCCAGGGAAAUAAAGGUCCACAUCUCUUGCUACUGCUGCAGUAGUGACAAGUGGUGCCAUUUCUAGCAUCUGCCUCCUGAUAUUGCUUUUGAAGACUGUCUGUUUUAUAUUGUUAGAGAUUGUACGGGUGGAGUUACUGCCAUGAACUGAAAUGGGAUUUUUCUCUGUUACAUUUCCAAGGGAUUAACUAGUGUAAGGUAAAAAAAAAAAGUUAAGCUUUUGUAUCAAAACCUUCUCCUAACGACAACGGAGAAAUAAAAUAAUUAUCUACA